CCGAACUUGGUCGACGUCAUUCACGCCGCGCCCCCGCUGCCGCGCGUGUGUGUUUGUUAGGGGUGUGUACGCUCGUGUGUGCGAGCGGUCGUUCGGGGUGUACGCGCCCGUCGUUCUUUCGACACUCGAUCGCCACCGACCGUAACGAUAACGAUAACAGUCACUCUGACGACUACCAAAACGCAUAUACGCGCACCGGCUUGCAGUGAUCGCGUACCACACGCUACCGUGACGACGAACGACUACGACCACGACGAGAUACGAUCUCGUGAGCUCACGGCGGUGGCACCGCCAUUGGCGGUAGUAACCGCCACGUUGUACACAAUAGUCAUUGCCGCUGCCGUCGCCGCCGCCGCACACGGCAAAAAUGUUCAACUUUGCUAGUAAGAUGAUCAACAGCCUGAUGACGGCGGGCGAUGAUAUGGUCACAGGCACCGAUCCACAGCAGCAGCCGCAGAACGCGGUCCACCGUCAGCAGCAGCAGCAAUUCCAACAGCAGCAAGACUAUGGUGGCGGACGCCCUGGAGGAGGUGCAUCUGCUGCGGCUAGGCAGUACGGCAUGAAUCAGCAGUUGCCACAGCAACAGCGUAGUAUGGCCGGUGCAGGGUACUCGCAGCAGUCACUGCAGCAACAGCAAUUGCCGAGACAACCGUCGCAGCAGCAGCAGCCACCAAAUAGACUUCAGCAACAGCAGCAACAACUGUCACAAUCACAACCCUCCUUUUAUCGACAACAGCCGCCGGCACCUUUGUACAACAGUGGAAAUACCAGUAGUGGAAGGCCAUUGUCCCAGUCAUCGACCCAUCAACAGCAGCAGCAGCAGCAACAACAACAACAACAGCAACAACAACAUCAGCAGCAGCAACCGCAGCAGCACCAACAACAGCUACAGCAGCGGCAAAGGCAACAGCAGCAACGUCCCGGUGGUGCCGGCAUGCCCAUGCCGGCACUAUCAUCAAAUCUAUUGGAAUCUGCAACUGUCGAUCCAGACCCGUUAAGCCUAGAUUUGAGUCACUUGAGUGCUGAAGAGCGUGCACUGAUCCAGAACGUCAUGGCUAAGGCGAAGAACAUGGACGCUACUGAACCUACACCGGUGGCGCCGUCACAUUUGCCGAUGACCAGAACGACAUCGAUAACUUCGUCGUCUCGCAGCGAAAUCGCCAGUAACGGAAGUUAUGCGUCAUCUGGAAGUCAAGACUCAGGGGCCAAGUAUUAUAACUCUACCGACGGAAAAAGUGGCGUGCAACAGCAACAGAAUACGUCGUACCAAGAUCGUAACGUCUAUCAGCAACAGCACAGAGAUGUGAGUAGUGGGUCAUCGUACUUACAACAACAACAACAUGCUACCACUUCGUCGUACCAGCAACCCGCCAGUGGCUCGUAUCAGCAGCACAGUGGUUACAAUUCGGCAGCGGCGGCUGCAGCUAGACGGCAUAUCCAGCAACGUAGUUACGAUGACUACCAUCAGCAACAGUUGUCGCCCGAGGAACAGCUGUCGCCUGUAUCGCCAGAAAACGAGGUGUCCAUGCCGUAUGGAGCCGGCACUGGUGGAAACUCACAGCAAUAUCACCAUCAGCAACAGUUGUUGCAGCAACAGCAACAGUUAUUACAGCAGCAGCAGCAACAGCAACAGCCAGGAGAGCGCUCAGGGUCGGAUUCCAGUGACGAUGUAAGCUUGGCCGAGUGUCUGGCUGGUGGAGGCGUCGAGUUGAUGAACUUGCGCCCGAUGCCCAUGUUGGACGAGAACGGUCAAGUGUUAUUGGACGAUGUUGAUACCACCAGGAUGCAACAACAGCAGCAGCAACAGCAGCAGCAGCAGCAACGACGCGAAGAGCAAUAUUGCAGCGAGCAACAAGUAUACUAUGCGGGUAAUUCGACGACUGCCAACGCUUCGGAUGUGUAUACUAUACCCGAAGACGACGACGAGCUGAGCAGUCCGACGGGUGCUGACGGUGUGACGAGUCUUCGAAAGCGGCAGAUGGCUAAUACGUUGACUGCUAUCUCUGGAUUAAACAGCAGUAGUUCAGCGGCAAUUAACUUGCAUCAUCAGAUUGUCGACAAUGAGCGGUUUAUGAUGAAAUACGCUGCGGCGAAUCCGAGUAGCUCGGACUCGCAUCAAAGAUCGAAGUUGUCAAAUGAUGAAUCUUCGGCAACGUCCGUUUUUUCUGAACAAACCCGAUCGAAAAAACUCAAUCAGUCAUCUACAAUACAAUCUGGUGUCUUACAAAAUAGCAAAUUCCGGACUGGCGUUGGGGAAACUGCCGUCCAACCAGUAGUUGCGGCUUAUGCUCAAAACACUCCGCCGUACUAUAAUGGCAGUACUAGCAGUAGCAGCAGCAGCAGUAAUAGUAGCAGAUUUGCGUCAGCUGAUGGUGAACACAAUAAUAUAUCGUCCACGUAUGAAACUACAGCGGAAAAUUGCGUGUUCCAGGAUGAUUUGGAAAAAACGCCCGAAUACGAUCGAAUAUGCAAAUUGUUGAAUCAGCCGAUUCGUGCGGUCGUGGCAGGCGGACAUCGCGAUUCGAAGACAGUCAAAAUUGAGCAGCAACGGCUGCAGCAUCAGACCAACCGGCAACAACACCAGCAGCAACAGCAGCACCUGCAGCGGCAACUUAAGCAACUGCAACACAAAAACCAGCAGCACCAAAACCAACAGCAACAACAACAACAGUACAACAACAUGUUGGGCCGCGCGCUGUCGUCUUCUCAGCAAAAUCGGCAGGCGGCGGUGAACGGUAGCAAUAAUACAUACGGAAACGUUCAAACCGCUAACCGUAGUCGGACGAACUUUCGCUACGAUGAUGAGGACGAUGAGGACGAGUUAUUGGAACAGCAGCAACAGACACAGCGACACAAUUAUGCAAUGCAACCAGCUGCGACGACGUCGGUAGUGGCGUCUGAUAACGAUAGCAGCGGUACAAUUAGCGGAAUGUUGGCCGAUUUUAGCCGAUCAAUUGCCAACAUGAACGGUAGUGGACCAACAACGACGACGACUCAGUUAUUUAAUGGUAGUGAAAAAUUUGGUGAAAACAACAACAAAUACGAUUCACUGUUAGGUGAAAACGCCCAAAAACAACAGUAUCAACAACAGACACCACAGCAACAUCAGCAGCAGCAGCAACAACAGCAGCAAAACCAGUAUCAACAGCACGGGUAUUCGACACCUUCUGGUACGACGACUCAAUUGCGACGAACCCAAUCGAUCAUCAGUCAAAACUUACGCGACCAACAGUACCAGUUGUAUUGUACCGGUACGUCGCCACCUCUUCAGCAGCAACAACCGGUACAGCAACAGAAGUUUAACGAUACAGCCAUCGCUCAACUGCAGCAGCAAACUGUCGCCAACAACGCUUACGGGCCGGCUAAUAACGGUAUGUUGUACGGAAGCGGUGGCGUUGGAGGAGUCAACAAUAGACAAGCUCAACAGCAGCAACAAACCGUCGCCCCUGCUUCCCAAUUGCGACAGCAACAAUACUCGGCCACCGGCAUAGCCACUGCCAAUAGUUUGCAGUCCGAAACGAAUUAUUCGUCGCCGUCUAGUGUCACUGGAAACGCAGCCGCGCUCCAACAACAAUUGUUUUUAAAUAAACGAGGAGACGACGGCAGCGGCGCUUUGUUUAACUGCCAACAACAGACAUAUCAACAACAACAAGAAGCCUUAUAUCAGCCUUAUCAACCGGAAUACGGCACAUAUCAGCAACAGCAUCAGCAGCAGCAGCAGCAGCAGCAGCAGCAACAGCAACAGCAACAACAGAAUCAACAGCAGCAACAGCAACAACUGUCGUACAAUCAACUGCAACAACAGCCACAGACACACCAACAGCAGCCUUAUAAUCAGACACAGUUAUCGCAAAAUCAGUAUCAACAGCAACAAAAUCAGCAAUACCAGCCGAAUCAGCUACAGCAAUAUCAAAGGUUUCCAAAUCAAGAUCAACAACAGUUGUCGACGACUGUCGAUGAUAAGACACGCCAAUACGUCAUCGAUCAACAACAACAAAGAGUAGAAAACAACUCUGUACAGAAUCCAUCUGUUUUGACACUCGGUGGAGUACCGAAUAGUUCGGGUGGUAUAAAAUAUGAUGCGACGUCGGCAGAACUUAAUUCCGCUGCGUUUAGACCAUUGCAGCAGCAACAGGGCCAACGUUGUGACAAUCCGACAAACAUUCCAUUGCAGCAGCAACAGCAUUAUAUCAAUGGUAAUAACUACCAGCAACAACAACAAUCCCAACAGCAACAACAGUCACAAAAUCAACAGCAGCAGCUACAGCUGUUACAGCAGCAGCAGCAACAGCAGCAGCAGCAGCAGCAGCAGCAGCAGCAACAGCAGCAGCAGCCGAACAGUACUUUAGCGCUAGCCAGUGGUACAAAUACGGCCAGAGGAGCGGUACUACUAAAUUCGUCUUCAGCUACAAUGGAUCAGCAGCAGACCGGUGUCAAAGCAUUGGCUGGAUCGUCGGGAAUUAAAUACCAGCCAGUUACACAGCAACAAACCUCAUCACAGACAUCGACUUUGCACCCGACGCCGCCACAACAAAACACGCCAGUUGGCACGCCUAGCCUAACCAGGGGUGCCCUGCUGAUCAGUGGACUUGGACUCAGAGAUUUGACUGCUUCGCCGUCGGACACUCUCAGCGAACCGGACUCUAUGCGUUCGUCGUCGUUACGUGGUAGCAACGGACGAGACAGCCGACGACGGCUGCCUGAUUUACCACCACCUGAACUAGAGUUAGCUGGUGUACAAUGGCCAGCAGCUGCGAACAUUAAGCGCCGCGAGCGCAUGAUGCGAGCGAUGAUGGAUAAGUUUAAGCCAUUCUCUUCAUCACGCAACGUAGCAAAUGUGGAUGCUUUGAAUUCAGCUUAUGGUUACGGUAACAAGUUUGCAAUUAAUCGACCAGGCAGUAUGAGUGAAACCAAUUUACUAAAGUAUCGACCUCAUAAAGAUGGUGGUCCAACAUCCACGGUCAGACCAGAAUCGGCGCUGGGUAUUUUGCAAGGUUCCAGCUUGGUGAGCAGCAACGGAGAACAGACACCGUCGAUGGCCAGGCAAUACGGUGGUUUGACUCGGAAAUACGGGUCAGACGGCGGAGACGAGCUGGCCGCCUGUCUGCCACCCGACCUGCGGCAUCUGUUAUCGGCCACCACGGCGACAACUCCGCAAUCGCACCACCGGCAGACAACAACGCAACGACUGCAACAACAAGGACUGCUGCAGAGGAGUUCAGCGGCGACAGCCGCCGCCAAUUCUCUGAACAACACGGCAGCGAUGAGCUUGUAUGGUGCUGGAGGAGCCAGGAAACCGUGGUCAUCAUCGUCGUCGUGGUCUUAUCACGACGACACCGGUAUUGGUUAUUCGUCAGCCAUAGACCGUCGCGUCGGCGGUACCGGCAGGCAGGCAGCCGCUCUGUUUGGUGGAGGCAGCGGUGUCGUGGGUCUCGGAGGCCUGGACACUCACCACUACCGCAGCAGUGGUGGGGGUAGGACGAUAAGUGCUGCGAGAUCGCUGGGAGGCGUCUAUGACGGUAACAGUGUGCUAUACCGCUGUUCGACCAGUAAUGUGCCUGACCACCUGGAAAGAAGAUGGUAUCAGAAUCAGCAUCAACGACAAACCGGAACCGGUGGUGGAAGACUGAUUAGAGGAUUGGGUGGUUCCAAACAUUUGUCAGAUGUGUACGAUGACGACGACUUGCUGCGAUUACAGCAGCAUGACGACGCCACAGCAAUAUUGCUGGACGAUGUCAUGUUGGGCGGAGGUUACAGUGGCAGAAACUCGGACUUAUUGCCAUCUAGGCCAAGGUCCCGAUCAUAUGGUGGUGGCGAAGAUCCGUCAUCCACAACGUCUUGGCGACAUUGGCCCGAUACCAGCAGCGGAUCCGGUUAUCUGGGCGGUGCUUUGCGUGAGACCGCCAUCGGUUCAUCGGCAGCGAUUUACGAUCACAAUAGCCAUCGCCGCACGACGAAUACUUCGAUAAAUUCCGCUACGGCUGAUCAAAAAAGAUGGGACGUUCGACGGCACAACCGCCGUCAGCGGCGGUACAGCGACGGUGGCGGCGAUUCGGACCCACGGCGGUCAUAUGAUUACCACCAACACUUGCAGACAGCGGCCAUGAUGAAGUAUGGAACAGCCGGCCGGCGUUCGCGUUCUUGGGACCCAUCGCCGUCUCCGACACCGACCGCCUAUUUGAGCGGUGGUGACGACGGCGGUGGUUACGGCGGCUACGGCGGCUAUUGCGACUACAUGGACGACUACAGCGGGGGUGGCGACUACGAAUCGCUGGUGGCAUUGGCCGCUGAAGAGGAACACGAUGAAGAGUUGCAGCGUGAGGAGAAAAAGGCCAGGAUCAAGGCAGAGAUCGCUCGACGUCGGCGACAGAUCGAGGAUAACGUCCGGCUACACGAGGAGCUGCUACGCCUGGCCCGAAUCCGAGAGAACGCCGAACAUGAGUAUUCGUCGUCCAUGCUGCCGUCGCUAUCUGCUGCAGGUGGCUGCUACGCGGGACGACGCCCGAUGACCGAGGACGAGUGUCAAGUGUUCGCGCGCGCGGCUGAAAAGAUAGCCGAGGAACGGUCAAUGGAGCGGAUCGCGUCCACGUUCCGGACCGCUGCUGCGGCGGCCGCCGAGGAUUACGCGCGCCGUGGUGGCAUCUAUGGCGAGUACGGCACGGCGGUCAGCUGCGGGGUUGGUGAUUAUACUCCCCCGCAUGCCAUGCCACUGUUGCCGGACAUGCCGACCAGAAGCAGGAGGUUGCUGGAAAACCUGGGAAGUUCGCCGAUCACAGAUUCCGUGUUAUUGGACGGCGAACAGAAAGCUAUGCAGAAAAAAGUCAACUUUCUCAACGUCCUAUAAAAGAUGACAAUAAAAAAAAAAAAAACACACUCCGUCGUUUAUUAUAAAUGAUAAUGUUGUGUGUUCCAUGUUACCUAUACUUAUCUACUAGCUUACCUAUACUUAGCUGUUAUGUUAUGUAAAUGUUACGGGCAAUUUUGACCUACUUGAACAAUUUGAAUCGUGAGUAGGUACAACAUUUUUUUUUUUUUUGUGAAAUAUUUUUCAAGAAAUUUAUUAUUUCUUAUAUUAAUGAAAUAAAAGUAUAAUUUAUUACUAAUUAUAACUACAUUAUAUUUUGAAUAUUUUAAAAUAAUUAUAAUGAUGAUAAUAACUUUAUACUUAAUGUUGAUGGAAUGCACUUGAACGAAGCUUAUUAAAUAAAAUAAAUACGAGUGUAAAGAAGCAGACAGACUGCAAUUUAGUAUGAAUAAUAAUAAAUUAUUUAUUUCACAAUACAUUGUGCAAUCAAUAUUAGAUGGGUAUACAAUCACUAUCAUUGUUAUAAUUAUUUUUAAAUGUUUAUAAUUAAUUUCAGGUAUACUUUAUUAGUUAUUAUUUUUUGAUUAAUAUUUAUAGUAAUAAUAAAUUGGAUAGGUACAAAAUAUUGUAUAAGAAUAUAUUUAUAUUAUUCACUAUUCAAAUUGAUCACAGAGGAUCAAAUUGUCCGGUAUUUUACAUUCCCCGUAAUGUAUUCAUUGUAUCUUUUGCAUACCUACCUCACUUGACCAUGAAAUACAAUCCGCCCACGUACACAUAACAAUCGAAGGGCGGAAAGAUUGACAUGCACAAUGAUCACAUAUUAGUAUACUUACGUAAAAAUUGAACGGUUUUUACCCCCCCCCCCCCCACCUUCCCUCAAAAAUACGUACUGUAUUUAAAUGUAUAGUACACUCAUUUAUACUCAGUGCCCUAUUUACUCUCUUAUUCUAAUAAUAAAAACUAUAAGUGAUUUUAAUUAAUCGCAUGAUUACAAAUCGAAUUCAUUAAUGUUUAGAAAAUUAUAUAGGUACGUCCACUAUGUUAAAAAAAUUAUUUGACAUUUAUUAUUUUAAUUUUUAGAAGUCUUGUUUUUAUAAUUUUAUGAAACAGGGACAUAUAGUUUCAAAUAAAACUCGUAAAAAAUGUUGUUUUUAUCCUUAAAAAUAUGCACUUGGAACAAAAAUCAGAUUCCCUUAAUUUCUCCUAUGAAUAUUUCACUAACUAUUGUAUACAACAUACAUUUUGGUACAUAUUAUAGACAAGUAGUUAUGUAUUAUAUAUUAUUAUAUUUACACUUACAGCUGUACAACGAUAAAUUAUAUAACAUUAUAUAUAUACAUUAUAUUAUAUAGGCACACACUAAAAUACCUAAUAAUUAAUACGUUCAUACUGGAUUUUGUUUAUAGCGCACGUACGCCGUCAAUACUUUUCGAACGUUUGCCUUAUACGCACAGUCUAUAGACUACAAUAAGUAUAGGAUUUCGUUAAAGUUUGUGUUGCACCGUUAUUUUCUCGAAUGGUGCUUUAUGUUUAUUGUAAUAAUUCAAGAUAUCAGUGAUGUAUUUAAAACGUUUAAACUAUUAAUAUUAUAGCUAAGUCAAAUUUUCUGCGUUAUUUGGACGGAAAUCGUUAAUCAGCCAGUAAAGAUUCCAGUAGGUUGUCAUUUCGUUUUUUAUAGGAUUAUGUGAUUUUAUUACAACAUAGUGGUUCCUGUAAUCUAUCAUUAUUUCAUAUCAUGGUCUCAAUCAAUCAUCUCUUCAAUGUAUUUUCAUUUUCAUUUUUGUUCGUUUCCCUCACGUACACACACCAGGUUUAAAUUACAAAUAAAUCUGUUAUUAAUAAGACUCGUCUUUUGAAACUUAAUGUAAGACAAAGCAGAUUAAUAUAUGAUUAAUGAAAUAAUGUUAUACUCCAACAACUUCUAAUAGCUAUUAUCAUUUACUAUUUAAUAAAAUCAAUGAUGGUGAAAAUCAUUAAUAUUAGGUAUAACUAUUCUAAGGGCUUCCUCGUGGUUUAAAAUCAUAUCGAAUCGGUAUAAUGUACGUAUGCACCAAAUUGUUUUAAACCAUCACUCAACUCUAGUGUUAUCUAAGUAUGCGUAUUUAUUUACAAUUUUUUAAUAAAACUUUUGUCUUUAAAUUUAAUAUCGUUGAUGUCAUAAAUUAUCGAAAAGUUGUUAAGAAUCUCGCAGUUUAUUCUUUCCUUUAUAUAAAAGGUACUUUACAAAAUAUUACAAUGCCUAUUCAAACAAUAUACAUUUUCAAUUAUUACCUAUAAAUUGCACUGGUUAGAAAUCACAUAUAAUUGAAAACAAUAUAUUUUAAGUCUGUAAAUGCAUUGAAAAAUAGUGUUAAUAAGUGUUUAUGAUGGUUACUGGCAUAUGUUAGGUACAUAAUGUUUUGAAAACAAAUUGAAAUAUUUUUUUUACAUAAUACCUACGCACAGUAAUAAAUAGUAAUGAUUAUGGUGAUUCAUAUAAAAAUUCUAUAAUAUAACGAACUAUACUAAAGUCACAAACGUAGAUACACACUAUAAUAUAAUUAUAUCGUAGUUUCAAUUUAUAUGUUUUUAAUAUUUUAAAUAUACUAUGAAAAUAAUGUACAAAUAUUUAUAUUUGCAAUAAAAAAUUAUCGCACAUUUUUUAUCACCGUAAACUGGUAAAUUGUAGGGAAGAAAAUUAAAUGAAAAACAAAUUGUAAACCUUAACGGAUUUUGAUGUUUUUUAUCGAAUUAAUAUCAAUUGGCUUUCAUUCAUGCUGUAUCAGAUAUUGCUUCAGUAAUGUACUUGACCGUACAUUAUUUCAGAGAAUAAUAAUUUAGAACUAUAAUAACUAAAUAAUUAUACUUCCAGUUUCUAUAUAUACUACCAUCAUUACGAACGUAACAUUAAGAGGAUGUCAGUGCAAUAUUAAUUUUUUCUCUCACACCCAAGCUUAUUAUUGAUAAAGCGAGCUUUCACCUAGGUUGGUUAGGUUAGGGUUUUUCAUGAUUUUUUAGUUAUCUUAGAUUAAAAUAACCUAUUACAAAAAUCAUAGAAGAUAACAUUUUUGAGGACAUGACAUAUCGGUUUUAUAUUUUAUUGUUAUUGACUUUGCAUUCUACUUACAAAAAAAAAAAAAAAAUUAAUUUCAAUGAUAUUUGAAUUUUUGGGACAAUAUUUAGAUUAAUCGAUAUGUCACAUCUUAAUAAUAUUAUUCUUUAUCAUUUUUAUAAUUGGUGAUUUUACUUUAAGAUAACAUGAAAACAUAAAAAAUGAUUCUGCAUAAAUGUGUUUUAUCUAUAUUGUGCAUGGGCCAGAGAGAAAACACAAAAUAUAGUGCGCUGACAUUCUCUUAACCAACUAUUUUUUAUAAAUAUUUGUGUAAAGGUACUGAUGUAAUUUGUACUAAAUGUAGUAGUGUCUUAACUUUAAAAGUUUUGGUUGGAUAACAUGUCAUAUCUACAAAGCCGUAGCCAGGGAGGUUAAGGGUUCACCCCCCCUCCCCCCGAAUUUUUUUUUUUUGAAAUAAGAUUGAAUAGUUAGAAUUUCAUAUUUUAUUACAUAAUCUAAUACAUUUAUACUUAACCCCCUCCCCCCCAAAAAAAAAUAUUUUUUUUAGCUACGGCCUUGGAUGUUUAUAAUAGAACUUUAAAAAGAUAAACAUUUCCGAAGGUUUGGUUAUCGUGUAUGUCAAUCUUGUGUUCCCAUAAAAAUGAUUUAUUUAUUAACUAUAAUGUAAUAACGUAAUAAUUAAUUGUGUUCAAUGGUAUGUUCAAAACUAGAGACGCAAAAGUACUUAUAUGAUAUAAAAUUUACUAUAAUAAUACCUAUAAUUAUAGGUACUUUAAUAAUUAAAUUGUCACUUUAAACAACAAUUACGUAAUGGAUAACCUGGUGACAUAUACUAUUAGAUUUUACAUAAUUUUGGGUAAAAUUGGGUAUUUUAAUAGUGAUAACCAAUAAUUGGACUAAAUCCUUGCACACAUCGGCUAGAUCAUAUGGCAAAUUUAAAUUCGAAAUUAAACCACAUUGUAUUCAUUACAAUAAAAUAUUGCCAAUACUUAUAUACUGCAGAACUGUUGUGCUCAAAAUAAAAACUUACGCGUCACUAACAUUGUAUUAUGGUAUGUGUGCUAUAAAUGAUUGAUGUACACAAAUACAAUUUAUAAAUCACCAUAGAUAACGGUGAAUUCGUAUAGGCUUUUUAUAUGCCCUUUUAUGUGAGUUAACAAACAAGACUUGAAUUGGGAAAAAAACCAUAAAGGGGAUGUAAAAGAGUAAAAAAUGGGCGUACUUGAAUAUUUAAAUGUCUUAUUAACUAGGAUAGAAUAUAAGAUAAAGUAUGCGAUAAAUAUUUUUUAAUAGGAGAAAGACUCCGUCCCCUUGCAUCAUACUGGAUUCAAGCACUAAUAACAUUAUUAUUUUAAUAAUAAUUCUUUAAUUUUAUAAUUAUUAUUAAGAUUUAUAGUUGUAUAAGUGAAUCGUUGAAAUAAUUUCGAAUUAAAACAAAUACAUUCAUAUAUAAUAUAUACAUACUUAAUUGUAUUUUGGAUUUGAUGCUCUAGAAAAAAAAAUUAAUAAUAAUAAUCGAUGUCUACGAUGUUCUUGUGCGGUUUGUUUAGUUAUUUAAGAAUAUAUUUUUUAUUAUAAGAUACUUAGAGACUUACUUCGAAUAUAUAAGACGGUUAUUUAUCAAACGCACAUAAAUAUGGCUGUCGAAUAACUAUAGUGUUAUAAUAUUCCUCAAUCUGUUAAAAUCGGAAAGUUAAUUUUCUCAAAACUCGAGUAAUUUAAUAAGACUUUGUAAUUUUAAGAUCAUUAUUAUGUGUCAUUAUUUUAAUUAACUAUACAUUAUAUUAAUGUACAUCACAGUGUGUUUGUUGGUGUAAACAUUACGUUAUAUUAUAUCAUAAUAUGGUAUAAAUGAAACGUUCUACAGGGUGAUUCACAAUACGUAUUGGUAGAUAAAAGUCUGUUGAUUUUUGACUGGACAACAUACCACUUAUAGUAUUAUACCUAUCUAAUCCACCAAAAAUUAGUGAGAAUGCCAAAAGAAUCACGCUGUUACAUCACAUUAGAAUAUAUAAUAUCAAAAUUAUAUUAAUUAAUAAUGGAUAAAAAUAUAAUUUAAUAACUUGAAUUAAUUUCGUUUGUUGCAAACUACGUACCUAUUGUAUUUUAUUUGUUUGAAUAUUAUUCCAUAUAACAUUAUAAAAUAAUAAAAAUAAUACGAAAAAAAAAUCAGAGAACAUAAUAUUGUUAUUGACUCAACUUAAUUAUAUUUCAUGUCAGAAUUAUUUUUAAAUAUUAUUUUAUGCAGACGAAAUACUCAUAAAACGUAAAACAUACAUAAUUCCCAAAUAUUAUGACCAUAUAGGUACUUUCUCAGCAGAUCUGCUGUGUAAAUGGAUCAUACAUUUAGCGAAUCCUACCUAAAACAGUAUUCUAUAAUAUUAUUUCACAGUAAUGUGUAAACAUGUACAUCUCCAGCCCUGUUUAUCAUUUUAUUAUUAAUAUUAUUAUCGAUGGCAAUUUUUCGUUUCAUCAUAUCAAAUGUUUAAAAUUAGUGUUUUCACGUAUAUUUAACGGUACGUCUGUUUUGAGUGUUUUUUCAUUAAGUUUCGACGUGUUUAUCGCGAAAAAAAUAAUAUACAAAUAUAUAAGUGUGGUUGAAAUAAUAAUAAUUUACUUAUAUUUAUACUGUACUACAUAUCCAUCCAAUUUCUUAUUUUACUCUUCUGAAUUUGUUAUUUAUUAUUACUAUUAUUAUUUUUAAUUAUUUAUAUUUAGGGUUAUUGUUACCAUAUUGUUAACGUAUGCGUUAUUUGAUUUGAUGUCUUGACAAAUUUAAACGUACCUAGUUAGAAAUAUAUUAUAUAUAUAUAUACUGACUCACGUUAAGUGUUACUGUUGUAAUAAAAUAUGUUACUAGGUAUAUGUGUUAUUAUAUAAUAUAAAUUGUUGAAUAAUAUAUAAUACAAUGAUUUAGCAGUUUACCGUAUUAAAGCGUAUUAUAGCUUUAUAAUAUAUGGUGUAUAAUUUUAUUAUAAUACGUGUAAUUAUUGAUGUUAUAUUAUGAUUACUCUCAAUAGGAGUGGAUUAUGUAACUACCUAUAUAGUUAAUUGUUAUCGUUUAGAAACACUUGGAACACAUUUUAAUAUCGUAGCAUGUACAAAAAUGUAUAUUGGAGUUUAACGGUAGACAAAUUAUUUAUAUUGUUACUUGGUGGAAAUAUUGUUUUAAUGGAAUUAAGACUUUAAAUAAAAUAAAUCAAAAUACGAUUGAAAAACAAACAAUUUUGCUUUCAGGGAGAUAGAAGAAUAACAUAACAAAUUUGGACUGCAAAUGUCAACGUGAUCAAAGUACUACCAGAAAAUUCUAAGAAAAAUCCGGUUUGGGAGCUUAUCGUAAUAGGAAAUUGUUGAGGUCAAAAGACUGAGAUUUAUUACGCGUUUAAAUUGUCAGUAUUCGAUAUGGGUACAAUUUUUGGUAUCAAAAUUAAAUUUCAAAAUAUUUUUUACCAGUUUUGUUCCAUAGGUACCGUAUUGUACUUGUAGGUCUUAGAUGUAGAGAUUUGUCAGUCACUAAUAUAAUGUUUUCUUUGAUAUUAUUUUACUAUCUACAAAUCAUUUUGAAAUAAUAUCACCGCUUGUAUAACUGUUAUCUAUAUAAUUUUCAAUUGUUACCUACCUUUUAUUAUUCGAAAAUUUAAUUUAUUUACUCUUUAAUGUAAGCAAUAUUAAACAUAUUGUACAUACUUAUUCGAUGAAAAAAAUACCUAUAUAAUAAUGAUUAAUAUAGAUGAUCAUCCUAUUUGUUUUUCACGCUGUUAUCUUCCAUUUACGUAUGUAUACCUACUAGAAAAAAAUAUGAUUUACUCGUAGUAUUGAAACCAAAAAGUGUGCGAUCGAUUUUUUUCUUUAAUUAUUUUAAUAUACAAAUAUAUUAAUAAAUUACUAUUAUUCUUAUAAUAAUAUAUAAUAAAUAUUCGAUUAGUACACAUUGUUGCAACGCAUUAGAAAAUAGCUAUCACAAAAAUAAAUGACUUUAUUAUUCAUCACAAUAUUUCGUGCACUUUUUGGGAUUAUUUUUAAUAAUUUUUUUUUUUUAGCUUAUAUUCGGUUUAAAUAAUAUUAACUAAGAUAAAUAAUAUUACAACGAUAAUAUUAAAGUUCUGUUAUAUCUUAUAUAAUAGUAAUAAUACUCCAUGAUGUCAUUACACGAUAAGUAUACCCUAUCGACUAUCGGUUCAGUAUUAAGUAUAUGUACAAAUAUAUAACAAAUAUAUUUAUAAAUGCCCACACACGCUUUACAUAAAUAUAUAUUAUAUUACCGAUAUAAAAUGAAUACUGAAAAAUUAAAUUUAAUAAAUAUUUUUCCAUUUUAUUGGCUAAUAUCAUGCACAUGGCAUAAUGAGCAUGACAUAACGUUUUAUAUUUUGUUGAGCCCACAAUAUAGAACCUAUAAUUAUUUACUUAUCGAAAUUAUGAAACCCAAAUAUCGGUGAUGAGUUUUUUUUGUAUGAUUGAUUGCCGAGAAGAAGUUAAUAAUAUUUAAAAUAAUAUUUAAAAAUAAAUCAAUAGGAAUAGGAUACUUAACCUACACAACUACUCUUAUUUAUUAAUAUUCACUUGGAAAAAAAAUCUACAUAAUGUAAUCUAUCUAUAUUAUUCUUAUUACCUAUCAUUGUAUCGGACGAGUACAUUUUACUAAUAUUCCACCAAGUAAUAGUAUAAACAAUUAUUUUGAGUUAUGCAUUAUUAUUAUUUUUUUUUUUAUUAUUGAUUGUACUUAACUAAAACAAUAAUAAUAUUGUAGUUAUACUUCUGUUGGAUAUUAUAUUAUUACUAUAUUAUAACAAUUACAAAUAUUAUAACUACCCAUAAAUUAUUUGCUAUUAUAAAUUAGUUGUGUAAUUUUUGUCAUGUAUGAAAUUUUAAACUUUUUUAUCUUGUUAUUCCCUAAUUGUUGUUAACUAUUUAAAAUUCGUCCGAUUAAACUAAAUUUAAUUCUUUUUCAUUUUCAAUAUAACAUAGGCAAAUGUAAUGUUUAUUUAUUAUUGUUUAAAUUUUGUUUGUUGAGAUACACUUCAUUGUUAGUUAAUAAAUAAAAUAAAAGGUGUUUUAAAUACACUUGACAACAUUUUACUAAGUUUCUAUUAUGUUCUAUGUAUUUUUUUUUUAAAUUUCUACUGCUAAAUAAUAAUUUUUAUUAUAAUUUUAUCAUUAUCAUUAUAAUUAUUAUAAACCGUUACACACUAUGUAAUUAUUAUGGAUUCUUAUAUAUGUACCUUUAUCUCUGUUUAAUUUUUUCGGAACAAAUCAUUUAUACUGCUAUUAACUAUACAUGUUAUAACAGUUUUAUCUUUUGAAUGAAAAAAAAAAACGAUUUUACUAUUUCGUAAUUACAAAAGUGAACAACAAUGUGAUUCAAAGAAUAAAAUACUAAUGUUGAAAUGUUGUGAAAAUAAAAACGAGAUAUCUUUGAAUGUACAAUAA